AUGAACUGUUUUCACGCCUCUAAAGGCAAGCCAGAGGGAGAGCUGACUACUGAGCAGGAGCAAGCUUUCCAGGCUAUAGACACCCUCUUUAGAGGUGCUGUCUUGAGUGUUCUUAGCGACAAGAUUGUCGAUCCAUUCAUGACCAUCAUGGUCGGUAAAGAUAUGUGGGAUGCACUCGGAGCCAAGUUUGGAGUCGCGGACGCAGGAAGUGAGUUGUAUAUCAUGGAACAGUACCAUGACUACAAGAUGACUGAUGACCGCUCCGUUGUUGAGCAGGCUCAUGAGAUUCAGUUGCUCACUAAAGAACUUGAGCAUCUCAAUUGUGUGUUACCGGACAAAUUCAUUGCCGGAGGCAUCAUUGCCAAGCUUCCUCCUUCAUGGAGGAAGUUUGCUACCUCUCUGAAGCAUAAGAGGCAAGAGUUUACUGUUGUCAAUCUAAUUGGCACUCUUGAUGUAGAAGAGAAGGCGAGGGCAAAAGACACACGUGCUCGUUUUCAUGAGGGGAAUUCGAGUGCCAAUUUGGUACAAAAGAGAAAUUUCCAAACCCAUAAACCCAAGAACAAAAACUAUGCGGGCAAAGGAAAAUUUGAUGGCAAGUACAAAGCCCCACAACCUGUCAACUUCAAGAAGAAGAAGGAUACUUAUAAGAAGAAAGGAAAGUGCCAUGUAUGUGGCAGUGAAGAACAUUGGGCUUCAUCCUGCAAGGACCGCUGGGACAUGUGUUAG